AUGGAUCCUAAAAGUGUAGGUGAUCUUCAAGCCUUGCUCAGCCUGUACAAACAGGACCCAACACUCCUGAGAGCAAAACAACUGAGUUUCAUAAGAGAUUCAUUGGAGAGUAUGGGGGACACCAUCGCAGGCUUCCAGGUAAUUGAGACCUUUCCUUUAAGAGUUGGUAAAGAAGAAGAUAAAUCACCAGAGCCACCUACAACGGAGGAGAGUGAUUUAGAGGUUGAUGAGGAUGGAGUUAUCAAACCAGAUGACGUUGAUCCCCAGGAAAUGGGGGAUGAAAAUGUGGAGGUGACAAAUGAUAUGAAAACCAAGGCUGAGCAGAAGAAGGAGGAGGCCUGUGCUGCCCUCGAGUCAGGAGAGAUGCAGAAUGCUAUUGACUUGAUUACAGAGGCCAUCAAGUUGAAUCCACAGUCCUCACUCUUGUACGCCAACCGAGCCAGCAUCUUUGUCAAAAUGCAGAAGCCCAAUGCUGCAAUUAGAGACUGCAACAAAGCCUCAGAGCUCAACCCAGAUGAUGCCCAGACCUACAAGUGGAGAGGGAAAGCACAUAUGCUUCUGGGCCACUGGGAGGAAGCAGCUGAGGACCUUGCUUUAGCCUGUACAUGGGAUUAUGAUGAAGACACCAAUGCCCUGCUAAAGGAAGUGCAACCCAGGGCCCUGAAGAUGACCGAACUACACAACAAAUAUAAAAGAAAGCAUAAUCUGAAAAAGAUCCAGGUGAUCCAGAAUACUCUAGACAGGAUCAAAAGUAUGCUGGAAGAACAAGAUAAAGCACAGAGGGAGGAAAAUAUCUGGCAGUGGAUGACUCGAAUCUAUCGGAGGUACUUGGACUUUUUUAUGGCCAUUAUGGAUCCAAGGAUUAUCCUGGCCUGGGUGGAUGUGACCUGGAACCCCGACAAUAUCGCUAAAUACCGGGAGAACCACAAGUUUAUGAAGUUCAUUGGUCAGGUUGAUUGA